GGAAGUAGCUAGAUACCAACAUGCACUGCAUGUGUGGCUACUAUUGCGAAAUGCGUUUCUAAGAAGCACUUCCUGUUGCGUAUAUAUGUAAUAUAUACCGCUGCUUCGUCUUUUAGUCUUAUAUGCUGCGUUCGAAUUCACAAUUAUAAAUAUUAUUAUACUAUAUACAAUAGGUAUAUACGUCAUAAGAUUUAUCAGUAUUAUAAGGUAUGGGUAACGAAAUUGUUAAAGGAAUUGGACUCCUAACAGGGCUGCCACUUGCCGAAGCAGUCGAAAUUUUCCAGCCUGAAGCUUCACGUUCAGCCGUAGCUGGUGCUUCAGACGUCAGUUCAUUAUAUGCAGGGCACGGGCUGCUGCGACCUCAAAACCCAUUCGAUCCUCUACGUUCAUUAGAUCCUGGUGAAGCGUUAAAAGAUUUGUUAAAAUCGUUGCAAGAAUCACUUUCUUCAUUGACUUCAAGUUCAAGUUCGAAAGAUGCUGGUCAUUUUAUUCUUGUAUUGCUAUUUACUGCGUGGCAGGAGUACAUCGCAAAGGUUUGUUCCUAAUACUUCCUAUCUAUCGUGUG